UUAACAAACUGAUAAACUGCUGUCAAGAAACGUUCAUCCAUGAAAAAUUCUCACGUGUUAAACAAACCACGUGUAUCUAUAAUACGUAUUAGCAAAUUUGUGUAAAUAAUCUUAAUUCAUUGUUUAGUAAUUUUAUUUUUUGUACAGAGACGAGUGCAUAUUGUACAACAUAUAUACAUACAAUAUUAUGAAUAUUAAUAUUUAUUUUAAAAAGUAUAUUCAGCAAGUAAUUAUAUUUCAUUUAUAAAAUGUUUAUAAAAUUAUUUUUACGAACUUGUAUUGAAAAGCAAAAACAACAUGUCAGAAGUUGUAUCAGGAAGCAGUGUAUUCACAUAAAUACAAAAGAGUCUAUAAUCAACAUAUCCUUAUCACAGUUGAAACAUAGUUUUAAGCAGCAAUGUUUAAAUGUAACAGAAGGGUAUACAUGUAUUAUAGCAGACUGUCCAAUAUGUAAUGAUAAGAAAAAAGGUUCAAAAAUUUAUGUAAAUAAAACAACAGGAUUUUUUAUGUGCGAUAAGUGCAAAUUUACUGGUUCAUGGAAUAUACUAGAGAAAUUUUUAUCAAUAAAAAAGUCAAAUGAUAAAUUAAAAGAGCUGGAAAUGUUAAAAGCAACUUGUCAUUUGGAAGAAAAUUUUGAAGAAGAAUGGAAUGAGAAGAUAAAGAACUGUCAAAAUGUUGCAGAUAUGUCCACAGAAGAAUAUAAUAUGCUUCUCAACAAUUUUUCGCUUCCUUAUGUUUUACAAGAAGAUAUAUCUCAAUUAAAUUGUUUUUAUGAGAAGGUAACCAAUGUAAUAUAUUUCCCAUUGAUAGGUUUAAACAACUCUAUAGUUGGAUAUAAAGUGCUUACCACUGAAGCAGGAAUAGAACAAACUGUCCCAGUCUUGGGUGUUGGUGGAUGUAUUAAAUACAAGAAAUAUAAUAGUAAAAGCGACAAUGUUGCUGUGGUCGUUGGAAUGAUAGAUGACCUAUUAGCUUUAAUAUCAAAGAAGUUAACAAACAGCAUCAUCUGUCUUCCCUACAAUUUAAAAAAUUUACCUCAACAGUUAUUACCUUGCAUGGAAUCUUUUAAGAAAUUAAUUUUAUGGUUUGGAAAUGAUGAAACAAGUUGGUACACCGCAAGGCAUUUUGCAAAAAAGCUGAAUGAUAAACGAUGUUAUUUUAUUAGACCAACAGAUUCACAGCCUCGGCCAAAAUUAGCCGCCGAAAUUGGUUAUGAUUUUAAAAAUAUUCUUCAAAAUGCUCAACCUGUAUGGCAUAAAAGUAUAAUUACCUUUCAUCACCUUAGGGAAGAAGUAUUGAGUGAUUUACAAAAUAUUGAUAAAGUACAGGGUGUAAAAUGGAAAAAAUAUCCAACUUUAAAUCGUAUACUAAAAGGUCACAGAAGAGGGGAAUUCACAGUACUAACAGGACCAACAGGAUGCGGUAAAACAACUUUUAUGAGUGAAUAUUCUUUAGAUUUAGCAAUGCAAGGUGUGAGCACUCUAUGGGGUAGUUUUGAAAUAAGAAAUGUACGAUUAGCAAAAACAAUGUUACAUCAAAUGGUAGGUGUACCAUUAGAUCAAAAUCUGGAAAAUUUUAAUGUGUAUGCAGAUGCUUUUGAGAAAUUGCCAAUUUAUUUUAUGACAUUUCAUGGUCAACAAAAUAUCAAAGUAGUGAUGGAUGCAGUUGAACACGCAACGUAUGUUCAUGACAUAGCUCACGUAGUAAUUGACAAUGUUCAAUUUAUGAUGGGAACGACGGACGAUUCAAAACAUAUAGAUAGAUUUUGGAAACAAGAUAAUAUAAUAUCAAGAUUUAGAAACUUUGCCACUAAAUACAAUUGUCAUGUAACUGCAAUAAUACAUCCAAGAAAGGAACGUAACGACGAGGAACUGACGACCUCUUCAAUUUUUGGGAGUGCAAAAGCGAGUCAAGAGGCAGAUAAUGUGCUUAUUAUUCAAGACAAGAGACUUACAAGUAUCCGAGGCAAAAAGUACUUACAAGUAGCCAAGAAUAGAUAUAGCGGAGAUUUAGGUAUCAUGAUAUUAGAAUUUGACAAGUCAAGUCUAAGUUAUUCUUCAAAAAUGAAGUUAAAAGAGAAGGAAAAAUCCACAACAAAAAAGCAUUCAGUAGAAACGGAUAGUAAACAGACUUCAUAAAAGAAUACUUUUUUUAAAAGUAUUAAAUAAAUAUUAUAUUGUUAAACUUUCUUGUACAUACAUAUAUUUUUUAUAUUAUAUAG